AGUAGAUACUACAGCCAACCAACCAGCGUGAUAGUUCAGGAAAAUAUAGACUUCCAUUCCUUCCUCCAUUAUUUUAUAUUUAUACAUAAAUAAUUGGGAGGACUUCUGUGUCUACUCUUAAAAAUAGCAAGUCAAAAGCUUUAAAUCGCAUGUAUGGACGAUAUUCCAAGUAUUGCAUCAGUAAUGUUGAAUAUCUUUCACAUCGCACCUCCCACUCGCGUUUAGGGUGUGGGGUACGCAUGCAUAGACGGGGAGGAGAAAAGGGGGGAAUUGGGACAUUCUUUGUCUUCACCCCACCAUUUGGAACCCCGACUCGAAGGAGCUGGUCUCGUACUAGCCACUUGAACUGAACGGACUUGUGAAGAGUGACGCUUUGUUGUGUAGUUGAAGGAACUAGGGUAAAGCGCACACAAGUUUUUUGAGCGUUCAGAUUUCAAGGGACUGAGGAACAAAUCUACAUCUCGAGAUCUGAGAGCUCCUCCACGACCACAGACGCACCAUGAGUUGGAGCUUCCUGACGCGUCUACUCGAUGAGAUCUCCAACCACUCCACCUUCGUGGGCAAGAUCUGGCUCACGCUGCUGAUCGUGUUCCGCAUCGUGCUUACAGCCGUCGGGGGGGAGUCCAUCUACUACGAUGAACAGAGCAAAUUUGUGUGCAACACCCAGCAGCCUGGUUGUGAGAACGUUUGCUACGACGCCUUCGCCCCGCUCUCGCACAUCCGCUUCUGGGUGUUCCAGGUGAUCAUGAUCACCACGCCCACCAUCAUGUACCUGGGUUUCGCCAUGCACAAGAUCGCCCGCAUGAGCGACGACGAGUACCAGCCGCGCGGCCGGAAGAGGAUGCCGAUGGUGAGCCGCGGAGCGAACCGUGACUACGAGGAGGCGGAGGACAACGGCGAGGAGGACCCCAUGAUCUCUGAGGAGAUCGAGGUGGAGAAGGAGAAGGAGCCUGCCCCCGACAAGGGCAGCAAGAAGCACGACGGGCGAAGGCGCAUCAAGCGCGACGGCCUGAUGAAGGUGUACGUUUUCCAGCUCCUGUCGCGUGCCACUUUCGAGGCCGCCUUCCUGUUUGGCCAGUACAUCCUGUACGGCCUGGAGGUGUUGCCCUCCUACGUGUGCACGCGCUCGCCCUGCCCUCACACGGUCGACUGCUUCAUCUCCCGGCCCACAGAGAAGACUAUCUUCCUGCUCAUCAUGUACGGCGUGAGCGCCCUCUGUCUGCUGUUCACGGUACUGGAGAUCAUCCACCUGGGCGUAAGUGGCCUGAGGGACUGCUUCUGCGGGCCGCGCUCUCGACCGCCCACCCCCCGCCACCCGGCUCUCUCUAGCCAGAGGCCCUCCCUGUGCCGCAAGGUGCCGUCAGCGCCCCCUGGCUACAACACAGCGCUGAAGAAAGACCUGCCGGGGAAGCUGGGGUUCCGAGACAACUUGGCCGACUCGGGCCGCGAGUCGUUUGGAGACGAGUCUUCGUCGCGGGACCUGGAGAGGCUUCGGAAGCACCUGAAGCUGGCCCAGCAGCACCUGGACCUGGCCUACCAGAACGAUGAGAGCAGCCCAUCACGCAGCAGCAGCCCAGAAUCCAACGGAACGGCCGUGGAGCAGAACCGCCUGAACUUUGCCCAGGAGAAGCAGGGCAGCACCUGCGAGAAAGGUCUCCGAGCCUAAGUCUAAUCAUUCCCUCUAAGACGUUCACACCAUGGCUGGUACACAGACAGGAGCGUCUCACGGUGUGGACAGGACCAGCGUUGAGCCUGGACCCAGACCAGGGGCCGGCUUCACCGCAGGAUCCCCUCCCCCUCACCGCCCCCUCCUGGCUUUACUUGAUCACGUGUUUCUCAAGAUCAUAAAGUGCCCAUAAACUGUUACCUGAAUGAGACCUCGUGCCUGUUUUUCCCUCAGGGCCACUGGGUUGAUUUAGUUUUACAUUUGUUUUGUCUAGGAAUUAGGAAUUUUAGGUAAUUCUUUUAUAUAUAUAUUUGAUGUUUUUAUUCUCCUGGUCAACGUUCUGUGGGAUAGACUACAUCUCUAGUUUUCCCUGCCAUCAGAGUUUACAUUUGAGCUCUUCCAAUAAUAGCAAGUUCAGCACAAAAAUGCAAGACGUACUUUGAGGAGUACAACAUAUUUUAGUUUUUUGUGGAAGAUUUGACCUUUAGUGAGUCAGUGCUCAUAGCUGUGCACUGGGGGGCUGGAGGCCAAGGCCUCUAGAUUAGAGGCAGCCCCCCCCCCCCCCCCCCCCCCCCCAAGUCUGUUCAGUCUGAACUGGAAUCCUGUUUGUAAGGUGCCUUUAUCCAAAGGAGUACAACAUAAACCUGGGUAAUGCUUGAAUACAUGUAAAUUGUGAGCUUGUCUUUAUACUGUUGAACGUUUUGAUACUGCUUUGAUAUUUUCCUUUUGUUUGGUUGAACUGGCUGGCUGAUCUUGGCAUUCCUGUUGGAGAUACAGGCAGCCUUUUUUGAAUUUACGAGUGCAAUGGGCACUUUUGUGAUGCCUGUGUUUACUAGAUUGAGGACAGUCCAUUUAUAUUGACUUUUUAUACAACUUAACCAGUGGUAUACUCAAUCUUGACGCCACAAUAUACAAUUAAGCUUAGUUCUGACGCUUCUUGUGGUCACUGGUUAUAAGUAUCAACAUGUAACCCUUUUGUGAUGUGCUCAGAAAUCAUCUCAAGGCGCCAAAUAUUAUGACAUCCUAAAUGUUUUUUUAGGCAUGUGUUUUUUUAGGCUUGUGUUGGUUUUCUAUGCAAUUCUAAAUGGGAUAGAUCCACAAUGUCGUGCUACAUAUCGGCUGGUAACUUAACAGUCAUUGAUGAUCCCAAGCUGUAGCAUCAAUAAGGUUAUGAACGGUCAUUAGAACGGAGGGUGGUGUCAAGAUGCCUUGAAAAUGCACUAAAUGAUAGCGUUAGUGUAUUACAUCAUGUCAGUGCCAUUGAGUAAACUGUCAUCUCAUAUUUUUGAAACUUUCAUACUUUUUUUAUACUUUUGUAUUUGUAUUUUUGUGUUUCCUAAUAAAUCAAAUUUGAACCAA